GGCAAAGUCACUUGGUAAGGGUCGUUGGUCUCCCAACCUCCCUGUUACAAGAGAAAUUCUUUGGUCAGUCGAAAAUACUCGCAGCUUUUUUGAGAGCUACAAAAACCGACCACUUAAAGCUGUUGUCGAAAACGUUCGAGAUGGUUGUUCUGUACAAGUCUUCAUUCUACCUGAAUCCCUUAAUGAAAAGCCAAAUACAUUUGUAUAUGUUACUGUCACAAUGUCAGGGAUUAAAUCGCCAUCGAUACGUUAUGAGGAUGGAAAAAUUGUUCCCGACGCGUGGGGUCUCGAUGCGCUAUUCUUUACCGAAUCCAGACUACUACAGAGAGACGUUACUAUACUGUUGGAAUCCGUAUUUAAUCAAACUUUCGUCGGAAGCAUCCUUCACCCAAAUGGAAAUAUAGCUGAGUUGUUGCUGCGUCAUGGUCUUGCUCACUGUAUUGAUUGGAAUCUAAACUUAGUAAGCGUCCCAGGUGCUGCUGAAGCCUAUAAAAUAGCUGAAAGACUUGCGAAAGAAAAGCGACUACGCGUGUUUGAAAACUACCAGCCCACACAAACAACGGAAGUACAUGCAGACAGUCUUCAAACAGUUGUUCCGGGGAAAAUAUUCAGUGGAAUUAUAUGUGAAGUCGGAAACGGUGAUAACGUCUCUAUCAAGUGUUCAGAUGGUGUCCAUAAAUUCUUUCUAUCCAGCAUAAGAGCUCCACGACCACAGACCAGCAGCAAGGAAGACGAUUCUUCUGUCCAACGUGGUCGUAUUCGUCCGCUUUACGACAUACCUUAUGUGUUUGAAGCUAGAGAGGUACUUCGCCAGUUCGUCGGAAAACAAGUAACUGUUCAAGUUGAUUACAUUCAACCGAAGACACCUAAUAGAAUGCUGUUGGAAAUUUAUGGAAUGAUAAAUUUAUUCAGUAAAUUUAUCCCAGUGGCAAUCAAAUUUUUGUAUGGUGUUCCUGUAAUCGGUUGGAUCUUAUGGCUUCCCGGGAUCAACGGAUUUGUACGCAGACUCAGUCAAUCGAAUUCAAUGGUAUGA